AUGGAGUUCACGGCAUCGCCCAAGCCCCAGCUUUCUUCCAGGGCCAACGCCUUCUCCAUCGCGGCGCUGAUGUCGAGCGGCGGCUCCAAAGAGAAGGAAGCUACGGAGAACACCAUCAAACCACUGGAACAAUUUGUUGAGAAGUCUUCCUGUGCUCAGCCCCUGGGAGAGCUGACCAGCCUAGAUGCUCAUGGGGAGUUUGGCGGCAGUGGUGCAGGCGGCAGCAGCCCCUCCUCCUCCUCUCUGUGCACUGAGCCACUGAUCCCCACCACCCCCAUCAUCCCCAGCGAGGAAAUGGCCAAAAUUGCCUGCAGCCUGGAGACCAAGGAGCUCUGGGACAAAUUCCAUGAGCUAGGCACGGAGAUGAUCAUCACCAAGUCUGGCAGGAGGAUGUUUCCUACCAUCCGUGUGUCCUUUUCCGGUGUGGAUUCUGAGGCCAAGUACAUAGUCCUGAUGGACAUCGUCCCUGUGGACAACAAGAGGUACCGCUAUGCCUACCACCGGUCCUCCUGGCUGGUGGCUGGCAAAGCGGACCCUCCACUGCCAGCCAGGUUGUAUGUACAUCCAGACUCUCCUUUUACUGGCGAGCAGCUACUCAAACAGAUGGUGUCUUUUGAAAAGGUGAAACUCACAAACAAUGAACUGGAUCAACAUGGCCAUAUAAUUUUGAACUCAAUGCAUAAGUACCAGCCACGGGUGCACAUCAUUAAGAAGAAAGACCACACAGCCUCAUUACUCAAUCUGAAGUCUGAAGAAUUCAGAACAUUCAUCUUUCCAGAAACAGUUUUUACAGCAGUCACUGCCUACCAGAAUCAACUGAUAACCAAGCUGAAAAUAGAUAGUAACCCUUUCGCCAAAGGAUUCCGGGACUCCUCCAGGCUCACGGACAUUGAGAGGGAAAGUGUGGAGAGCCUGAUUCAAAAGCAUUCCUAUGCCCGCUCACCCAUCCGUACCUAUGGAGGAGAAGAGGAUGUGCUAGGGGAUGAGCUUCAGACAACACAAAAUCGAGGAUCAGCCUUUACAACAUCUGAUAAUUUGUCUCUUAGCUCCUGGGUAUCGUCUUCAUCCAGUUUUCCUGCAUUUCAGCACCCACAGUCCUUGACUGCUCUUGGCACCAGCACGGCAUCCAUAGCAACACCCAUUCCUCACCCCAUACAGGGCUCUCUGCCACCUUAUAGCCGACUUGGCAUGCCUCUGACCCCAUCAGCCAUUGCCAGCUCCAUGCAGGGGAGUGGCCCGACAUUCCCCUCAUUCCACAUGCCCCGGUAUCAUCACUACUUUCAGCAGGGUCCCUAUGCUGCUAUCCAAGGACUGCGCCAUUCCUCUGCUGUGAUGACGCCAUUUGUAUGA